AAGGCAUCAGUUGUCAGAGCUCAGUCUGUUCAAGUGGCCGGCUUUUGAACCAUGCCCCAGCCUGAGCCCUAGGGCAGCCGAGUCCACGGACAGAAGGAGCACAUCACUGGGACUUAGGCCUCGACAGAAGACUUCAUAGUGCUGACUUCUGGCUGCGGGACAGAGUGGAGAGUUGGUGGGAAAAGGACAGUACCUCAGAGUGGAGGCAAAAGACUUGGAGAAAGAGACCAGAGAGAUGAGUCCUGAGCACUGCCGGUCUGGGAAGACACAGUACAUACACAGGUGAAACUAUAACUGCAGGAAACACACCCCCACCACUGGUAACUAAAAGGAGUCUGCAUGGGAAUAUGAAGUCCGUGUGUACUGAGGAAAGAGCUGUAAAUAGGUGACACUGCAGUAAAGGAAAGGAGCAAAGCCUGGGGGGGAUUUGGAGAAAGCACCAGUAGCUGUCCAUCUAUCCAUUGAACCAGCGAGCAGCGAUGCAGGGGCUGAUGUGGAGCCUGUGCACCCUACUCUGCCUCUCCGUCUGGGAACAAAGUUACUGUAGGAGUUCCAGGGAAAUCCAAAGAACCAAAGAGCCUUCUCUUCACAGGAGGAAGAGAGCUCCUCAGGACCCUGACGCUAAAAAGUGCUCCUAUACCUUCCUGGUACCCGAGCAGAGAAUCACAGGUCCAAUUUGUGCCAGCACAACGGGCCCUGAGCCAGACAAGGACAGAGUGACCCGUAUGGACAUUGCAGAUGUGCGGGAGGUGCUCAACAAACAGCGGCGUGAGAUUGAGACGCUGCAGCUGGUGGUGGAUGUGGAUGGUAACUUGGUGAAUGAGAUGAAGCUUCUAAGGAAAGAGAGCCGAAACAUGAACUCCAGGGUGACCCAGCUCUAUAUGCAGCUGCUGCAUGAGAUCAUCAGGAAGAGAGACAACUCUCUGGAGCUGGCCCAGCUGGAGAACCGUGUCCUCAACGUGACCUCGGAGAUGAUGCGACUAGCUUCCAGGUACAAGGAAUUGGAGGCCCGUUUUGCCAACAUGGCCGGGGUGGUCAACAAUCAGUCCAUUCUCAUCAGUGCGCUGGAGGAGCAGUGUCUGCGGACCCUGGGGCGCAGUGAACUCCCUGCUGUACCCCCUCUGGUACAGGUGGUGCCUCAGAAUAUACCGGUUAACAGUCGUUUCACCAAUGAGAUACAGCGAGUCAAUAACAAUCGCGCCUUUCCCCGAGGAUCUCGCAUGGACUCCCCUACUGCAAGCCCAUUUGGAAUCGAGCCUCCUCCUCCACAGGGAACCCUCACAUCAGACGGUCCCUUUAAGGACUGUUACCAGGUGCGACAGGCAGGUCACACCACCAGUGGGAUGUAUCUGCUGAGGGCAGACGGCAGUGAGCGGCUGAUCCAAGCCUGGUGUGAACAUGGUCUGGACAACGGAGGAUGGACGGUUUUGCAAAGGAGGAGAGACGGCUCUGUUAACUUCUUUCGGAACUGGGAGAACUACAAGAGAGGCUUUGGUAACAUUGAUGGUGAGCACUGGCUGGGGCUCGACAACAUCUACAACCUGGGAAAACAGGGCGACUAUAAGCUGAUGAUAGAGCUGGAAGACUGGACGGGGAAGAAAGUGUACGCCGAAUACAGCAGCUUCCGUCUGGAGUCUGAGAGUGAGGGCUAUCGCCUGAGGCUGGGCACCUACCAGGGCAACGCAGGGGACUCCUUCAGCAGUCACAACGGCAAACACUUCACCACACUAGACCGAGACAAGGACGCCUUUUCUGGUAACUGUGCCCACUUCCAUAAGGGUGGCUGGUGGUACAACGCUUGUGGCCAGACCAACCUGAAUGGUGUUUGGUACAGUGGGGGAGUUUACCGCAGCAAAUUUCAGGAUGGAAUCUUCUGGGCGGAUUACGGAGGAGGUUUCUAUUCCCUCAAGUCAGUUCGUCUGAUGAUCCGACCGAUCGACUAAAACCUCUGACCCUGGAUCCCUCCUGAGGAUCCUCACACUCCUUCCUUAUUAUUAUCUACACAUCAAUAAAUCCAUGACUACGAAGGAAGAGACGGUGGCAUGUGUUUAUGGCCAGACAAUAAACACUCCCACAGUCUGCACAGUGGCUCUCUGGAGUCGACUAACUGAGAUGGAGAUUGAUGGCAUUGCCUCUUGAAGUAACUGCUCUCCUGAGUCUGGACAGUAAUAGCCCAUCAAGCUCUCUGGGACCAAUCAGUAUAAGUCUUAACUGUCCUGUUUUACUUACUCUUGUUGAAACUCAGUAUGCAAUAAAGGGAAAUGGUCAUUUACUAAAGACAUGAGAUUUCUUCUGAGCAGCUAAUGGCGACUUGUUGAACUUAGCAAUACCCGUUCCAGGGGGAUGUACUGGGAUGUUUAGCCUAAUGUCCAUGAAAAAUGAUCCAAUUUAAAUUUGUGUUGCCAAUUACAAUAGUGGACACCCAAACGGCUGGAAGACAGGCCUUGUUAAACUAACUUCUGGGGUCUUCUAUGACCCCCAAAGAACAUGAACUCAUGCAACAAUGUGCUGUCCAAUGUGCAAAUGGCUGAGAUGGCUUUGGUAUGUAAAUAUCUUUGGCUUUAUUUGUGAAAGUUAAUUUAAGAGGUGUGAUUCUACUCAGGCCAAAUGUUCACAAUGUUGUCACUCUUGCCAUUCUCUGUUAUUUAUCAGUGUAUUUAUGGAAAAUGUAGUCUGGGGGCAUUUUGUAUUUUAGCCCUGAAAUUUACAAUUCUAAUCUUUUUUUUUUUUUAAUCCCAUUAAAGUCAUUAAAACACAUGAACAGAACACACACAUGCACACACAAAUCCAGUGUCCAGUGGUGUCUAGUUUACUAGAUGAUGGGGAUAUGCACUGCCAAUUUUCAUCCAAGUCAAAUUAAACUCUUUUGUAAACGUUG